AUGUCCGUUGAGCAAGUCAAAGACGAAAAAGGCGAAGAUAUCAAGGAGGGGGAUUUCGUCUGGACUCGGUAUCGAGGUGGGACGAGAGAGGGAGUGGUAGACAAGAUCGUCAUGGACGAACAACAGGCGAGAGAGGAGGGCGUCAGCAAUCCGCCAAAGUUCAAUGCGUUCUCUGAGUACACCUUCCAGAUGCACUGUCUCCGGCUGAGAGCUGCUACAUUCAAUUCUACCAGAAGAGUAGUGCCCAGCGUUAUUGCAAGAAAACGACAGACUCCAUCCCUCAUGGCAGCAGCAGACAUAUCCUCUUCGUCGUCGUCGUCGUCUUCUGCUGCCCUCCCCCCACUGUCCCAUAUCCUCGAGACCUGUCUCUACGUGCGCGACGUCGGGGCCUCUGCUCGUUUCUACAGACAGGUUCUGAAGGUGGAGCCGUUCCUGGAAUCGCCCCGAGUAUCCGGUUUCUCCCUCGGCUCAACAACCCUUCUCCUCUUCCAGCUGGGCUCGACAGCCUCAGACAUCCAUACUCCGAAAGGCGUCAUCGUCGGUCACGGGCCAAGCGAGUCAAUUGUUUCGGCACUUCUGUCAAAAACACACAAAAGCAGUAGCAGCAGCAGCAAUAGCAGUAAAAAUGCUGAGGGUGAUGGAGGAAACGUCCAUCUCAAGCAGCAUUUCUGUCUCGCCGUGAAAGACCCGGAAGACGUGGCUCAAUGGGACGCACACUUGCAGAAGGAAGGUGUUCGGAUCCUGGGACGCAUGACCUGGGACCGCAGAGGGAAGAGCGUCUAUUUCGAGGAUCCGGAUGGCCAUGUGGGUGAGAUUGGAUCCAGGGGGAUCUGGGCGCAUUAUGAUCUGGAGAGGGGGAGGAUAUAG